AGCUACAUAUGCGACAAACUUCCGUCGACAUAUAUAUAUUGCAAGGCUACUACGUCCAUUGUACAUAGUAUAAUUGUUGUGUGCCUAUAUAAUGCUUUUUCCGGAUGUACCGGGUGCGAGAAACAGGGACACCAUGCCAGAGUGACUUGCUGACUUUUUGUGGACCAAUAAGCGUCAUCCAUAUACAGAUAUACACACAUCAAUACAACAAACACUGCAGCCAUGUAUUUUAUUGCGCCGAGUUUAUCAAGCGAAUCCAUUGAUUUCCUCCAGCACAAGGUCGAUGCGGUUUAUUCGACAUUAACGAGCAAUAUGGACAAUCUGACUACCGAUAACAUAUUGACUGUGGGACUGCAGCAGUCGGUCUCGUCGUCUUCCACUCAUAAACUGCUGGGGAAUUAUAGUCUAAAUCUGAAUUUGGUGGCCCAUCUCAGUUUGUUUGUAUCCAAACGGCGUCUGUGGAUGGAUAACGGUACGACAGCAACGCCCGGCAUCCAUGUGCCGGUAUUCUUUCCCUGGGAAUAUCGCGUCUUUGCCACAUUACUGCAUGGACUGAUCUUUUUGCUGGGUGUGGCCGGCAAUAUCCUUGUGGUCAUUGUCGUGCGCCGGACCAAGUCGAUGCACGUGCCGACCUAUUGCUAUCUCGAAUCGUUAGCCAUUGCUGACCUUCUCGUGAUAUGGGCCUGCAUUCCGGAAGCAAUUGUAUCCUACCAUGUUUACGCACAUCAGUAUGUUUUUGGACAAGUAGGAUGUUCGCUGUUAAUUUUCCUAUCCUUCCUUGGCAUCAAUGCCAGUUGCCUCAGCAUUUUGGCAUUUACAGUGGAGCGUUUCAUCGCCAUUUGCCAGCCGUUGCGGGCCAAAUCCAUUUGCACACUGCAGCGGGCCAAGAAAAUCAUUAUCGGUUUGUGGAUUGUGGCCUUGCUAUCGGCAUCACCCUGGCUGGGAUUAACUGUGAUUGUCAGAUAUUCUCAUUCUCCGGAAAUAGAUAUAUGUGAGUUUCGUGUAUCACGUCAGAAAUAUAAGUUUAUAUUCGGCGCCGAUCUCCUGCUCUUCUACGUCAUACCGCUCAUCACGGCCAGUAUUCUCUAUUCGAAAAUCGGAUUUGCUCUGCGCAAACGGACCCCGGAUCGGGAACAUGCCGGUACGAGAAGGGCGGCAGCGUCGGACAACCGUUCCCACGAUUAUCCGUCCACUGCGCCAGCCGUCGACAAUGGCAGUGCUAACCAUGAGGCCAAGUUGGUGGAGCGGAAGCCCUGUGAAUGGCGAACACAAUCCCGGGCCGGACGUAAUGGGACGUGCAGCUCAUUAAUUGUUGGCGACUCACUGCGAAGCGGCACGUCAGCGCUCAGCAUUCGCAAUGCCCGUAUCAAAGUUGUAAGGAUGCUGCUCGUCAUCGUUGUACUGUUCGCCGUACUGUGGCUGCCGUAUCGCGGUAUUAUGCUGUACAAUACCUUUGCCAAACGACCGGCAUUAAACAAGUGGCUGAUGCUCUUUGCCAAGACGUGUAUCUUUCUCAAUUCCUCUAUCAAUCCCAUCCUGUAUAACGCCAUGAGCAAGCGCUUCCGCAAGGCCUUCUCCUCCGUGCUGGCCUGUCAACAGCGAAAACAACGCCCAGCGACAUCCAGUACCCGCUUACUGAAUUCGGCCAGUCCCAGUCCGAGUAUAGCUGAUCAGGGACGGAGUUAUCAUACCGGCAACGGAACGGUCACUUCCCCCGUGGAGUGUAUUGUGACCUAUAAGGGAUUCCAGUCACUACGUGUUAUACCGGCUCAUCACCGGCAUCGCUCCUAUACAUCAUCCAUGGCCGGCCCGACCGUCACCACCACCAUUAAUCCGGCCUUUAUGCCGACCGAUAAAUCUCCAGCUCGUAAAUCCUUAUAGAAGACGUCUUUUCCGCCGGCGUUCGCUGACAUGCCCGUACAGUGCUGCGUAUAGUGUACGCCUCUCUCCCGGCCUAAUAAUGAUAAAUCAGACCGUCCAUUUACUGCCAACAAUUUGCAUAUUGUGGUGUCUUUUGUGGACAGGCAAAAAAUGAAGACUAUCUUUUAUCUUAAUGGUACGAUUGUACCGGCAUGAAUGGAGUAUGUACGGCGAAUAGUAAAGCGUGGU